AUGAAAGGCAUUACUAUUUGUGCUAUUUUACUGCAACUCAAUUGGUGUUACGGUUUACCGAACCCCCGGGGCGUAGGCGCAUACGCUUACCAAGACACGCUCGGCAAUAGGUACGGUGGCACCUACGGGCUCGACGACAAAGACAUCAUCAGUAAUAGCGACCCUUACACUGGCUACCCACCGAUUGCGCAAGUGCCAUACUUGACAAACUUCGCGGACGCCUUUUUUCCAAAUUACAUUUCCAACUACGAUAACGUUCUGCAAGAGGUGUUCGCCUCGAACUUAGAGGCGCAAAGAUUGGCAUCUUACGCUGCUCGAAAAGCGUACGAUAUCACUGCGAACCAGAUACGUGAAUUUCACAAUUCCUACAGGUUCCCCACGUUCGGACCGCCGAAUUUCUUUGGAGGCGGUGGUCUUGUGCCAUUUGACGUCAUGGCUCAACCCAACAGUGCUUUCGCUGGCGCGGCUAUCGGCCCUGGUUACACUCACCAGGUUGCCGCUAUUAACCCAGAAAAUGACUUGAUGAAGAACGUUGAUAUUAGCAACCGUUUCAAUGACGAACCUGGUAACAAUAAGUUCUAUAGUGUGUCCAGCUCAUCCUACUCCUCUUCAUCAAACCUUAAUGGUCAACCCAAGAACUCGAGGGGUGCUGAAACCGUUGUCAACAAUAACGGGAAGAUCACUAAGUACAGAGUACAGAGUUAA